AUGGAGGGCGAAGAUGAGUGUGGAGGUGGGGUAGGGGUAAUGGAGCGAGAGGGGAGCAAGGUGGAGGAGGCGAAAAGGAGAGGAAGACCAACGAAGGCAGAGGCUUGGGGUAGGGAAAGAACGGGGAGUCUAGGGAAUAUAGAGGAUUUGCUUAACAGAGGAAAGAGGAAGGAGAGGGAAGGGGAGGAGGAGAUGGAAGCAAGGGAAGUAGAGGAAAUAUUUAAAAGAAGUAAGAAAGUAGAAAGAACGCCAGAAAAGUUGGGGAUAGGAAAAGCGGAAUUGGAGCAAAUGCUAAGAGGGUUGAUGGAGGGAAUGAGGAAAAAUAUUGGAGAGGAUUUAAAGAAGGUAGGGAAGGGGGUGGAAGAGGGAAGAGAAGAAAUGCUGAGGCAACUGAGCGAGAUGAAAGAGAGCUGGGAAAGAGAAAGGGCAGAGCUAAGAGGGAAGAUAGAAAUGCUUGAAAAGAAAGUGCAAAGGUUAGAAUUAAAAGAGAAAAAAGAGGAAGGAGGGGAGACAGGUGAGGAGGAAAGGAGGGAGUUGAGUAAGAAGGUGAGGGAGUUGGUAAUAAGAAUAAAUAAAAAGGAGAGGGAAGGGAGAAGAAGGAAUUUGAUAAUAAAAGGUGUGAAGGUGGAAGGGAAGGGGAAGGAAGAAGUGGUAGAAGAGAUUUGGGGGAGGAUAGGGGUGAAAGAGAAAGUAGAAGAAGUAAGGAGGAUAGGCAAAGUGGAUAGAAAGGGGAGAGGAUUGAAGAACAAAGAGAAGGACUUUUGGGAGGGAAUCAAAGAAUGGGAUGUACUGGUGAUGUGUGAAACAUGGGUGGGAAGAAGGGAGUGGGAGGGAAUAAGAAAUAAAGCGACGAAAGGAUAUGUGUGGGAAUUACAAUAUGCGGUAAGAAGAGGGAAGAAAGGACGGGCUAUGGGGAGAAUGCUUAUAGAGGCAAGGGAAGGAAUCAAAAUGAUGAGAGUGGAAAGGGAGGAUGAGGAGGAAGAGAGGAUAAUGGCUAGGAAAAUAUGGUUAAGGGAGGAGGUGUGGAAUAUGAUAGGAGUAUAUGUGAAUAAGGAUUUGCAGAAGAAGCUGGAGAGAAUGAGGGAAUGGAUGGAAGAAAGGGAGAAGGGGGUAAGGGUAAUAGUGGGUGGAGAUUUAGAUUAUCUGAUCAUCCGAUCAGAUAUCCGAUCAGAUAAUCCGAUCUAA